CUAUGCAGGACCAGAUCUCAUCUGCACCAUCCAUGUCGUCUUGUUUUGUUGAUUUCGCCACAAGCAAUUGUAAUUGUGUAUUUCACUGUCCCUGACCACUGUCAGCCUCGGUCUUGUCUUUCGCUCUAGUCACACCCACCACAUACGAGUAGUGUGACAAGAACCUUUUCCGUUCAUCACCCUUGUCGCAUCCCAACAUGUCACGACAUUCAUCGAUGUCGCCGCCGCGGCGACCAGCGCCAAAAGACACGGUCGACCGACAAACAACCACACCCUUUCUUUUGAACUUUUGCUAUCGCAGCUCGGCAUACCACAGCCUAACCGAAUUCCCUCUCCCGACUCCUUCCAACCCUCAUCCACGGCCGCCCGCACACCUGCAAAUAUACACUUGGAUGAGUUGUACAUUAAAAGAGUUGGCGCAAUUGUUGACUCAGACACUUCCUCAGAUUCUACCGCAGCCCAGUGUCGGGACACGGCUAAGUUUCCGCCUGGUCUAUCCCGAUCUUCACGCGCCGCGUGGAGGCGGCGGACGGCUGGAGAGCGAGGGAAGAGGGAGGUAUUUGAGUAAAGAGAUGGGCAGCGUCGUCAUUUCGGCGCCUGAGCACUCGAAUGGGGACGCCGGGCCGGCAUUGAGUCUGGAUGGCGAGGACGCUGAUAAGACAUUGGAAGAUGUCAAGUUUCAAAUCGGAGAUUUUGUCGAUUGCGCAGUCUUUGCGCCCUUGAGUGAUGGCUCCGUCGUUGGCCGAGGUGCUGCAUCAAGGGGUCCGAGAGAAAAUGGGUAUGGGAGAGUAAGAGGAGGAGGCUAUGGACUCAGCGGACGAGGCUCUUACAACGGGUCAAGUUCAAGAAGCAGCGAUCCAGCUGGUCCUGGGAGUCUGCCCAGCGGGGAAUGGAGAAGAGGAGAAAGACUUCCGGACUCAGGCGGUUAUCGAGGCGGUGGACGAGGAGGCCGAAGAGGGUAUUGAUCUGAUUACGAUGAAUCCCAUAUGGACAUGGGACGACUGCUGAAACCAAUGUUGGAGGCUCCUCUGCAGGCACCAGAGCAUUAGUGAGUCAUGACUGCGUUCUUCCUCAGACGGGGAUGGCUUCACCAGAAUCGAACUACGAGUUUCACCGUGAAAGACACCCGCGGUGUCUCAGAGCCUAGAACGCCAAAUAGACAGUGAAAGGAUUGUGGCAAUGGGAGUGACUAUCUCGGAGGAGAGAGCGGACCGGCAACGUUGGUCUCAGAAAACAGCCAGAGAGGCGGUCAAGGCUUGGUUCGAUGCCACAUGACCAAUUCUUGGAGUGAACCGAGUGUUGCUGCACAGGACUUUUACUCUCACUCGCAUGAGAGAGGGAGAUACUUUUCUUAUCACCCUUGUGGAGAACCUUGAGUGAACCUGAGGGUGGGAGCAGUGGGACAAGGAGACUGACUGAUGACCCCAUCUUUAACAGCGCAGGGUGGGAUUGAGUACCUUAGGUAGUUUUAUUACCAAAUUAGGGCUUACCGCACCAUGGAUGAGAGUGAGGGAAGGUGCAAUGGAUGCAAUAGAUUCAUGGGAACGUGGGAGCCUAAGCUUGACCGCCCG